AUGGGGCGAGGACGAGACACAGGAGGAGAGGGAGAGAGAGAAGAGGAGAGAACAGAGCAUAAGAUGUCCAUUGAGGAAGUAUGCCGAAAGUACAACACUGACAUUGUGCAGGGUCUAACUAACGCUAAAGCGGCUGAGUAUCUGGCCCGGGAUGGUCCGAAUGCCCUCACUCCUCCACCCACUACCCCAGAGUGGGUUAAGUUUUGCCGCCAGCUCUUUGGGGGCUUCUCCAUCCUGCUCUGGAUUGGAGCCAUCCUCUGCUUCCUGGCUUAUGCCAUCCAGGCAGCCACAGAAGAUGAACCAGCAGGAGACAAUUUGUACCUUGGCAUCGUUCUGUCUGCUGUGGUUAUCAUUACCGGCUGCUUCUCCUACUUCCAGGAGGCAAAGAGCUCAAAGAUCAUGGAGUCCUUCAAAAACAUGGUGCCCCAGCAAGCGUUAGUGAUCCGUGAGGGUGAGAAGCUGCAGAUUAAUGCAGAGGAGGUAGUAGCUGGAGAUUUGGUGGAGGUGAAAGGAGGAGACAGGAUCCCUGCGGACCUACGGAUCAUCUCCGCUCAUGGGUGCAAGGUUGAUAACUCCUCACUGACAGGUGAAUCAGAGCCUCAGACCAGGUCACCUGACUGCACCCAUGACAAUCCCCUGGAGACCCGCAACAUUGCCUUUUUCUCAACGAACUGUGUUGAAGGUACGGCACGUGGCAUUGUGGUGUGCACUGGCGAUCGAACGGUCAUGGGUCGCAUUGCCACACUGACCUCCGGCCUUGAAACAGGCAAAACCCCCAUUGCAAAGGAGAUUGAGCACUUCAUCCACAUCAUCACAGGUGUAGCUGUUUUCCUAGGAGUCACCUUUUUCAUCCUGUCCAUCAUCUUAGGCUACAGCUGGUUGGAGGCUGUCAUCUUCCUCAUUGGCAUCAUUGUGGCAAAUGUGCCUGAAGGUCUCCUCGCUACUGUCACUGUAUGUCUGACCCUUACAGCUAAACGCAUGGCUCGUAAGAACUGCCUGGUGAAGAACCUUGAAGCCGUUGAGACUUUGGGUUCCACAUCCACCAUCUGUUCAGAUAAGACUGGCACCCUGACACAGAACCGCAUGACCGUUGCCCAUAUGUGGUUCGAUAAUCAGAUCCAUGAGGCUGACACUACUGAAGACCAGUCUGGGACAUCCUUCGAUAAAACUUCUGUGACGUGGGUAUCACUGGCCCGUGUGGCAGCACUCUGUAACAGGGCGGUGUUUAAGGCAGGUCAGGAGUCUCUGCCAAUUCUCAAGCGGGAUGUAGCUGGUGAUGCCUCUGAAUCAGCUCUGCUAAAGUGUAUUGAGCUCUCCUGUGGGUCUGUCAAAGCCAUGAGGGACAAGAACAAGAAGGUGGCUGAGAUUCCCUUUAACUCAACCAACAAAUACCAGCUUUCAGUGCAUGAGACCGAGGACACAGAUGAUAACCGCUAUCUGUUGGUGAUGAAGGGGGCACCAGAGCGUAUUCUGGAACGUUGUUCCACCAUCAUGGUGCAGGGCAAAGAGCAGCCCAUGGAUGAAGAACUGAAGGAGGCCUUCCAGAAUGCCUAUCUGGAGCUGGGAGGACUGGGAGAGAGAGUCCUAGGUUUCUGCCAUUUGUUUCUGCCUGAGGAUCAGUACCCUAAAGGAUUUGCUUUUGAUACAGAUGAUGUGAACUUCCAGACAGAUAAUCUUUGCUUUGUGGGUCUGAUGUCUAUGAUCGACCCCCCACGUGCUGCAGUGCCUGAUGCUGUGGGCAAAUGCAGAUCGGCUGGCAUAAAAGUCAUCAUGGUGACAGGCGACCACCCAAUCACAGCCAAGGCCAUUGCCAAGGGCGUGGGUAUCAUCUCUGAAGGCAACGAGACAGUGGAGGACAUUGCUGCUCGUCUUAAUAUCCCUGUUAGCCAGGUUAACCCCAGGGAUGCCAAAGCAUGCGUGAUCCAUGGCUCGGAUCUGAAGGAUCUGACCCAGGACCAGAUGGACGAAGUUUUGAAGAACCACACCGAGAUUGUCUUUGCCAGGACCUCCCCACAACAGAAGCUUAUCAUUGUAGAGGGCUGCCAGAGACAGGGUGCUAUUGUGGCUGUGACUGGUGAUGGUGUAAACGACUCUCCAGCUUUGAAGAAGGCAGACAUUGGUGUGGCCAUGGGAAUCUCAGGCUCAGAUGUUUCCAAGCAGGCAGCUGACAUGAUUCUGCUAGAUGACAACUUUGCUUCCAUUGUCACUGGUGUGGAAGAGGGGCGUCUGAUCUUUGAUAAUCUAAAGAAAUCAAUUGCUUACACCUUGACAAGUAACAUUCCUGAAAUCACUCCCUUUCUGUUCUUCAUCUUGGUUAACAUUCCUCUUCCUCUUGGGACCAUCACCAUUCUGUGUAUUGACCUGGGUACUGACAUGGUGCCUGCCAUCUCCUUGGCCUAUGAAGCAGCAGAGAGUGACAUCAUGAAGCGCCAACCCCGUAACCCUCUGAGAGACAAGCUGGUUAAUGAGCGGCUCAUCAGCAUUGCCUAUGGACAGAUUGGGAUGAUUCAGGCUCUUGGAGGUUUCUUUGCCUACUUUGUGAUCAUGGCUGAGAAUGGUUUCUUGCCAUCCGUGCUGGUGGGCAUUCGGCUUAACUGGGAUGAUCGGUCCAACAAUGACCUAGAGGACAGCUACGGACAACAAUGGACCUAUGAGCAAAGGAAAAUCGUGGAGUUCACCUGUCAUACAGCUUUCUUUGUGAGCAUUGUGGUGGUGCAGUGGGCUGAUGUCAUAAUCUGCAAGACCCGUCGCAACUCUGUGUUCCAGCAGGGCAUGAAGAAUAAGAUUCUGAUCUUUGGCCUUUUUGAGGAGACAGCUUUGGCGGCCUUCCUUUCUUAUUGCCCAGGGAUGGACGUGGCCCUGAGAAUGUACCCACUAAAGCCCAGUUGGUGGUUCUGUGCAUUUCCCUACAGCUUCCUCAUCUUUGUUUAUGAUGAAAUUCGAAAACUCAUCUUGCGCAGAAACCCAGGAGGUUGGGUCGAGAAGGAGACCUACUAUUAAGUCAUCACCUUCAUUUUUCUUUUCAUCCUAUUUGCCUGCACAGCAUCUCUCUCUCUCUCCCUCUCUCUCCAGACCAUAACAACACCCGGUCCUGUUACCUUCUUUGAAGAAAUAAAAUUUUAAAAAAAGUUCCCGAUGCCAGUAAGAUGUUAGACCCAACAGUGAUAGAGGGAAUGAGGCUGCACUUCUUUCUCUCUAUUCACUUUUUUUUUUUGCUUUUCUACUGACCAGAACACUACAGCUGAUUUUUUUUUAUUUUUUGCCAGUAUCUUCUCCAUGCUGUUUCUUGAUAUCGUUCUACACUGUCAAUGUUGUACUGAAUACUAGUGACAAUGAUGAUUCUUGUCGUAAUUUAAGUCGUGACCAACGUAGGACACACAUGUCCUGUGCGCACACUGCCAUUUUUUUUCCUCUUCAGACACCCUGUUUGGCCUCCUUCACUCUCACUACUUUUCUCUUCUCCCUCCCUGCAUCCUUCUUGUUUCCCUCUGCUGAAAUACAAGUUGAAUGAAGCAACAGAUACUGCGUUUCAGUCAUCGAAGUAAUUAACAGCACCGUCUCUGGUCUGUUUCUCUUCUUCAACUCUCCAUAACUCUCCCCUACCAUGCUCUCUCUCUCUGUCUGUUACUGUGUUUUUUGGUAUGUUUAUGUUCACUGUGGCUCUGAGUUAGAGGUCUGUGUGGGACAGAAUUUUCAGUCCCGCCCG